AUGUUCACAUCAUCAGGAGAAAAGGUAACAUAUGCACCAGGAAAAGGAGAACGUGCAAAAUGUUGGGAAAAACGUGAUAUAUUUUUUGGAUGUUUACAAAAACAUUAUAUUGAUAAUUCAUUAGAUUCAAAAGAAUUAAAAAAAGUAGAUCGUGAAUGUGGUAAAGAAAAGAAAGAAUUUGAACAAAAUUGUGCUAGUAGUUGGGUUAAAUAUUUCCAGGAAAAGAGAUAUAAUGAUUUAGUAAGAGAAAGAUAUAUUGCCAAAUUGGAAAGUGAAGGUGCUCAACCAUUACCUUUUAAGAUUGAAGGUGUCAAGAAGUAA